GGGGGGGGUGAAGAUGGAAGACGCUUUGGCCUGCGGUUCCAACACGACGCUUGCAGUUGCACGGCUUCACGGCAUGCAGAACACUGCCGUCGGGGGGUCGAUCUGGUAGCCAAGACUAUCGAAAUGGGGGACAAUGGGGUCGCCAAGGAGGGUUAG